AGGGCCCUGGACCAGGUCUGAGCUGCCAUCGCUGUGCCCAGGAUGAUGGGAGACGUGUCCACGCGCUGGAACCACUCCCAGUCCUGGCGGGACCGUGACGACCCCCCUCUGCUCCCAAACCCCAACAGCUUUGUCCGCCCCAGUGGGAAAAGCAUCUACAACCAGCGCAAGGACUAUGGCCAGUCCCUCCUCAAGCCCCAAAGCCAUUUCCAGCACCACGUUGAGCACCUGCUGACCGUGCGGCUGGAGCAGGACGUGCGCAGCCCCAGGGACUGCCUGGCACGCCUCAAGGCACUGGAGGCACAGGGACGGGUCUGGGGCCAGGACCUCAUCCUGCAGGUCAAGGACCAGGAUUUGGUGCUGAGGGAUGUGGAGAGCAAGGAGGAGCUGGACGUGUACCCCCUGGGCAGCAUCCAGGGCUGCUCCGCGCUGCUCGACGGCUGCGGCUACGACUCGGUGCUGAGCAUCAGCGUGCAGGAGCGCAGCCCCCCCGGCACCAGCGUCCUGCUGUUCCAGUGCGAGCAGCCGGGGGCAGAGGCGCUCAAGAGCAGUUUGGAGACGCUGCUGAAGCAGUGGAAGGAGGAGCAGAGGAGUCAGUACGGACACAGGAGCAGCCUGUACCUGCCGCCCUACGCCCCGAGCUCCUCCCCAGCCUCUGAGCAAUGGGCAGAGACCCCCAACCCCCAGCUCCCUGAGGCCCCCCAGCAUGGGCCACGCUCCUUGGACUACAGUGUGCCAGACCCCCAGCACCCGCCAUGGAGCAGCCCCCCAGCAGAGGCCACGGCUGACUCAGACCGAGAUGUUGAGGUCCUCAACCACGUCCUCAGCGACUUGGAUCAGUUUGUGGCGCAGCUGAAGACAGCCCUGGGCUUGGACAACAGCACCAACCAGAAGAAGAAGAAGAAGAGGAAGGCUCUGCCCUCCAGGGACGACUACACAGACUUCUUCCAGAAGGUGAAAUACGCCCUCAACCUCGUGGGAAGGACCCACCAGCACAUGCAGGAGCCAUCCCCUCCGGAACUGCUGCACCUCAUCUUCACCGCCCUCUCCUUUGUCCUGGCCCAGUGCCCCCACCCCGGGCUGGCCCCGGCCGUGGAGGCUCCGCUGCUGCUGCCAGAGGCCGUGGAGCUGCUGGAGAGGACCUUGAACCACACUGACUAUAGCACCUGGAAGAGCCUGGGCAGUGCCUGGAAUAAAACCAGGGCAGAGUUCCCCGGCAGCGAGCUGGUGCCAGGCUACGUCCCCGUCUUCUCGGAUGGCUGGCUGCCCCCUCCCCUGGAGCAGUCACCCGGCAGCAGCCACAGGGACCGUCCUGCCCAAGCGGCUCCCCUCCCUGCCCAGGACCUGGUCCGAGUGCUGUACGAGUUCCAGGGCAGGAACCAGCAGGAGCUGAGUGUGGGGAUGGGGGACACACUGCAGGUCCUGGACCAGCGGAGGAAGUGGUGGCUGGUGCAGGACAGCCAUGGGCAGAAGGGCUACGUCCCCAGCAACAUCCUGGAGCCCCUGGGAGCUGAGCAGCAGGGGGGGUACAACCACAAGCAGGUGAGUCCCCCCAGCCUGCACCCCAGCUCCCCGCCAGCAGAGGUGACGGCCUGGCUGCAGGACAAGGGCUUCUCCCGGCUCACGGUUCGGUGUCUGGGGGUGCUGACAGGGCAGCAGCUGCUGCACAUGAGCCCUGAGGAGCUUCGGGCCGUCUGUCCUGAGGAGUGGCGGCGGCUCCUCUUCAAGCUGUCCCCUGUCCGGACCUCCCUGGGGAUAGGCCCCAGGGAUUGAGCCACACUCACCCCCCAGGACCUGAGGGGGCCCCCCCAAAACAGAGACACACUCCUUGGGGGUGAGUGGCCACAUUUUCCACCCCCCAAAGCCACUGGUGCCACGAUGCUGCUGAGACC